CCCAUAUCUCUGUAGGCCCAGUAAAUACAACCCAAUGUGGCGUUUUUUUUUAGUGUUCUGUUCCCUCCGCUCACUUUCUUCCCGGCGACGAUGUUUGCGGCGAGAGUAAGAGCUUCUCUUAAACCUUUGCUCGGCGGAAGACACAGCUCCUCUCUAAAUCGAAACCGUGAAAUUGUAUCGAUUUCGAGGCGUGUUGUACUUGAUAGAUUCAAUGAUGGGGAUGAGACUCUUACUGGCUUGCGAGUGAAUAGAAGCGGAGUAAGAACCAAACUUUUCAACUGGGGAUUCCAUAGUAGUUCCAUACAGUGCUAUUCCUCGGAAUCUGAUGUAGGAGUGAAAGCUCACCCAAAUAUGGAUGAUCUUUUCUCAGAGCUGGGUUCUGUGAAGAAAGAUAGGAACCGGGAAGCGGUUGUGGAGCUGUUAACUAAGAAGCCAGAGCUUUCUCAGAAAACCAAAGGCAAGAAGAAGAAGAAGAAGAAGAAGGAGAAGCAUGAACAAGCUUCUGAUUCAGUUUCUAAGCCGAAGUUGCUGACAGAAAAGCCUGAAGCUUCUGAAUCAGUUUCCAAGCCCAAGUUGUUGACCGAAAAGCCUGAAGCUUCUUGGAAGACUAAUGGCAAGAGCAAGAUGGAAGCACAUGCGUCUUCCUCAGCAAGAAACGUUACGGACUCCUUCUCCAAGCCAACCGAGUCAACCUCUCCAAUUCCAGAUCACGAAUCCAAGGCCCAGGAGGAAAAGGAAACUAGCUCCAAUGGUUCUUCUACGUCUGUUACACCUUCAAAACAUCCCUCUUCGGUUCUGGUUAUAAGGAUUGGUAAUCUAAACUCGGAAACAACUGAUUCAGAGAUACACUCGAGGUGCUUGUCCAUUGGCUCUUUCGAAGGACUUGCUAGAGUUAGUGAGGACAGUGUUGAGGUUUCCUUUCGAGCUAGAAACAUGAACGAAGCAAAUUCUAUUCUGAAAAAGCUAAACAAAGCAACCGUAGAUCACACUAAGUGGACGGCUGAGAUAGUACCAGAAGCUAAAGAAGCUUCUAAAGAGCAAAUGGGAAUGAGGAUCAGUAGUUCUUUCGAAGAUAUGAAGACGCAACUAAUGAUGCGACAGAUUCUUGUGAGAGACUUGGAAAUGUUGGUGCACUCGGUAGUACAUCUGGAGAAUCAUCCAAUGGAUCAAGAAGGAACUAAAGCUUUGCAAUGUUCUCAAGAUGCCUAAUGGCGCGAAGCCUAAUGGCGCUUUUGCUUAUUUGUCGAGUCUCUCUACUUAAUAAUCAUCAACUGAAUUGGGGUUAGUGUGAUAAAUUUUAAAGUUAGGGACUGUAACGAAACUAUCACAAAUUACAGGAUGAGAUGAAGUUUUUGAACCCCGUUAA